AUGCCGCUCUCGGUUGCCCCGCCCACCGCCGUUGCCCCCGGCGCCCUCCGGCUGGCCGCCGGCCUGCUGGCCGUCCUGCUCCUGAUUGGCUGGACGGAGCCGGCGCCGGCCCACCCGCAGAGGGAGAGCCUCAGCCCCCCCCUGAGGGACCCCCAACUGCACGCCGCCGUCGCCGAGGUGUCCCAGGAGGCCCAGAGGCAGCAGCUGGAGGAGGACACCAGCCUCAGACUGAUCCCCAGACCUGACCACAGACAGGAGAACCUGGGCUUCUGCUGCCUCCAAGCCAACAUCCUGGACUACUACCUGCACAACAUCCUGCAGAGCGGGGGGGGCCGGAGCCCCAGCAUGCUCCGGCUGCACGCCGACCUGCAGCGGGUCAGCGCCGACCUGCAGGACAGCGGCUGCAACGUGGACCACUACCACCACCACAAGAACGCCGUGGAGUUCCGCAGGAAGCUGGAAAAGAUUGGGGGCCAGCGUGGCAUAAACAAGGCUCUGGGAGAAGUGGACAUCCUCUUCACAUACCUGCAUGAAUACUGCGUGAAGCCCGACCCCCAGUGAGACCCCCCCCCCCCCCAGUGAAGCCCCCCAGUGAGGCCCUGAAGUCACAUUCAGCUAUUUUUUAUUCUAUUUAUUGACGUAUUUAAACUGAUAUUCUAUUUAACUUUUUUUACUUCCACACUGAAUAUUUAUACCGUGUCCCCAGAGGUGUCCGGCCUGGUGUUGUGGCUCGUCCAAUAGUGUUACAGUAUUUAAAGUUCUGAAUGUGUCCUCACUCCACAAAGCUUUUCCAAUAAAA